UCUGGAUCCAAGCAUGCGCCGUGACCCUGAACUCGCAUUCUCAUCCCUUAUUAUUACCAUCCCUUACACCUCACCGUUCCCUGUCGGUCUCGCUCGCGUUUCUCACCCCAACCAAAUCCUUCUCGUCCUUGCCGCCUUAUAAAACCCUAAGGCUCUUCCUCUACUCUAUUUGUCUUGCCCGAUAAUUCCCUAUCAUAUCAAAUCCAUGAACUAGUCAGAUACUGAAGUCAAGUUUUGGGCAACUAAGUUUGAAUGCUUGGGUUCACAUUUUCUUCUUGCAUAUUAAUGAGUCAAAGCUUCAAUCUCUUGGAGUUGGAUGAUUGACAUCCAAGCUGAACUUUUGAAAGAAUUAGAUCUUGCUGGAUUAGUCUGCUCUUGCAACAACUCAUAAACUCAGCCACUGUUUAAACUUCCAUUAGAUGGAUCGACGUGAUACUUCUGGCUUUGUCAGUGGGGGUGCAUCGUACUCUUACAUCUAACAUCUAACCGUAAUUCUGUAGAGAUAGGUAUAUAGUUAUAUAAUUAUUCACCCUGAAGUCAGGCAGGCUGUUCUGUAUAAAUUGAUUAGAGUUAGUUAUUAGUUCUGCAAUUGAUUUAUGGACGGGAGGUUCCAGAACUUGGGUUUGUCUGCUAAUCAUUCUCUUAAUGCAUUUAAUAUUUUGGGAAACUCUAUGCAAGUUGAUGGAGUUGGAGUGGAUUAUGGCACAGACACCAUCCUACGACUUGAUUCCCCUUGUUCUUCAGUUCCCUAUAUGUCCUCCUCAAAGGGAACAAAAAGAAAGUGGGAGUUAAUGGAUAGAUGCACGGGCCAGAGCAUUGGCUCUUCUUUGUCUCUUGGGCUUGGGCGUUCAACAAGUUCUUCAGACAGCAAGGGAAGUUCAGCUACUGCUUGCACGGCUAUGUCUUCAGCCAAAGAAAUUGAUGAGGAAUCCUCUAUGGAUAUUGAGCUGGACUUUACACUUCAUCUUGGUUCUGAAAAGGCACAGAGUCUGAAAAAACCUGCUGCUUCAAAUUUGAAGACCUUGCAAUUGCAGCCCAAGGUUGAUUUGGAGUUGAGCCUUUCCACUGGACCCUCCGAGUCUGACAUUACUAGUGUUCAUCCAAGCCCCUUGCCUCUUCCAUUGAGCAUGGAGAUGCCAUUAGCAUUAAGUGGGGCACAAAAUGCAGAUGAGGGAUCAACUUCUUGCAGUUGGAAGGAAGGAAUUGUUUUACCAUCAUUGAAGACUUCCUUUAAUACAGGCACUAGCUUCAUUUCAACUCAUGCUUCAAGGGAAUUCAGCCAGAAUCCCUUUGUUUUGGACCUCCCAUCAAAUACACCAAGUGCAGUCACCUGUACUUCUGGGGUAACGCAGCAGCAACAGACACAUCAUCGCAGUAGUAGUUCUAAGACAUGUCAAGUUGAGGGAUGUGGAAAAGGAGCCAGGGGUGCUUCUGGACGUUGUAUAUCUCAUGGUGGGGGUAGGCGGUGUCAGAAACCUGGUUGCCACAAAGGAGCUGAGGGUCGGACUGUGUACUGCAAGGCCCAUGGGGGUGGCAGGAGAUGUGAAUUCCUUGGUUGCACGAAGAGUGCGGAAGGGCGUACAGAUUUUUGUAUUGCUCAUGGUGGUGGCCGGAGAUGCAGUCAUGAGGGUUGUACUCGAGCUGCUAGAGGAAAAUCAGGAUUGUGUAUCCGGCAUGGUGGUGGCAAAAGAUGCCAGAGAGAAAAUUGCACCAAGAGUGCAGAAGGACUAUCAGGUCUUUGCAUUUCUCACGGUGGAGGUCGUCGAUGCCAAGCUCCUGGAUGCACAAAGGGUGCCCAAGGGAGCACAAUGUUCUGCAAAGCACAUGGUGGGGGAAAACGGUGUACUGCUCCAGGGUGCACUAAGGGUGCUGAAGGGAGCACCCCCUUUUGCAAGGGCCACGGUGGAGGAAAGCGAUGUGCAUACCAAGGUGGUGGGAUUUGUACUAAAAGUGUGCAUGGGGGCACCAACUUCUGUGUGGCACAUGGGGGUGGAAAGAGAUGUGCUGUGCCAGAGUGCACCAAGAGUGCUAGGGGACGGACUGAUUAUUGUGUGAGACAUGGGGGAGGCAAGAGGUGCAAGUUUGAAGCGUGUGGAAAGAGUGCGCAAGGGAGCACUGAUUUUUGCAAGGCACAUGGUGGGGGGAAGAGAUGCUCCUGGGGCCAUCCUGGGUCAGAAUAUAGCAACCAGCCUGGCGGCCCUUGUAACUCAUUUGCAAGGGGCAAAACAGGUCUCUGUGCACUUCAUAAUGGACUGGUGCAGGAUAAGAGGGUUCACGGUGGUGUUUCCUUGGGAUCAGUUCAGGAUCCUCAUGUUAGUAAACCAGAUGAACUAAAGCAGGUAGUUACUGUCAGAGACAUGGAUAUGAAUUUGAAAAAAGUGGAAACUGCUGCUGUGAGUGCUCGUGUCUCAGCCGGUGAAGGUAGCCACUUGCCAAUGUCAGUUGCUGUUCCUGAAGGUAGGGUGCAUGGUGGGAGUCUGUUGGCAAUGCUGGCGGGGAGUUCUGGCCUUGGUUCAACUAGCAGAAGAGGUUUGGUUAGUGAUCCAUCUGAGCUAGUUAAACCUUACGUUUGGCGACAGAGUUGGAUCUAAAGGCUUGUUGUUGCUAUUGGUCUUUAAAGUUGGCAAAUUUCAUGGCGUGUAUGCUCCCUUUUAUGUUUGAUCAUUGAUCAUUGGUGGUUAUUCUAUCAACCUUGGCGGUGGGAGGACUCCGAAGUUGCUGGCAUUCUUAUGGAGGGAACAGUGUCAAAGUAGGAUAUUUAUUGUACUUCAAUUUGGUAUUUGGCGUUUGUUUGCUCAUCCUUUGUACAUAUAAUAUUUGAUAAAACGUUCUGUUGGUGUGCUAUGUAUUCUACAUGGAAUAAAAGCCUUUUCCUAAAA